AUGGCUAAGGUUUAUCCUCGAGCACACCUCUCUUCUCCUUCAUCCUCUUCUUCAAAAAUACAAAUUCUUACAAUAUGGAUGAAAUCGCUCGUUUUGAAUGGAAAUGGAUGCACCAUUUAUGGUUCGGAUGGACAGAUUGUCUAUCGUGUCGAUAAUUAUGCUUGGAGGUGCAGUAAUGAGGUGUACCUUAUGGAUCAUAGCGGCAGGACCCUAACUAAAAUACUUAGAAAGAAACCCAGAGUUUUUGGACAAUGGCAAGGAUACAGAUGUGAUGGAUUAAUAGCAGAAAAGCACGAGCCGUGGUUUAGACUUCAAAAGAGCUGGAUUUUGAAGAGAGAUCAGAAUUUUGAAGCCAAAGUUACAUUUAGGGAUGGAAGUAAUAAUGUUAGUUGCUAUAAGAUUCUGGGUUCAGCAAGCAAGACUGAAUACAAGAUAAUAGACAUAGAAGGAAAGCCAGUUGCUGAGGUAAAGAGGAAGCUUACAAGCUCUGGAGUUGUACUUGGAGAAGAUGUGUUAACACUAAUUGUGGAGCCUAAUCAUGAUCAGUUGCUGGUUAUGGGACUAGUGAUUGUUUGUGGACUCAUCAACCACAGAAUGUGAUCACACAUAUAUUUGCAGUUCUUUGACGCUGCUGGUUUUUCCCCUCCUGGGGGCUGUUUGAUUUUCUUUGUACCAAGUGUCCUCUUUCGUUUGUUUGUUUAUUUGUGUGUUUGUUUGUGAGUUAACCAAAGGCAAAGGCAUUGGGGGUGAAGCUCAGUACAUUGUUUCAACAGGUUUUUUAGAUGGAAACAUCUUUCUUUGUUUGACACAUGUAUAAAUCAGCAGUCUUUUUUCUUUAGUUUUUUAGUAUGUGUUCAUGAGUAC